AUGGCUGUUGUAGCCGGGGAUGACGCAUACAAGCCAGAAGAGGACAACCAGCCAGUAGCCUUGACACAAGCAGAAUUCAAUGAUCUGACACGAGACCUGAACCUUUCAAAAGAGUCUGCUCGGCUGCUGGGUUCACGUCCCAAAGAGAAACAUCUGUUGGCACCAGGAACCACGUUCUUCUGUCAAUAUAUUCGUCCAUCUUUUCCUUCUCUUCCACUUUCUUUCUUUGACCUGCUGGACCAGCAACAUCUAUUAUAUGACAAAUUGUAUCUUUAUGAUGACAAGGCCAUGUUACCGAACCUGGAGUGGGUGAUUCGUUUGGAAUUCAACGGUCCAAAUGAACUGUUAUCUAUCUAUCUAUCUAUCUAUCUAUCUAUCUAUCUAUCUAUCUAUCUAUCUAUCUAUAUCAGUUCACACGUAAUACUGUCAAUCUCUAUCUAUCUCAGUGCAUAUGUAAUACUGUCAAUAUCUAUCUAUCUAUCUAUGUCAGUUCAUAUGCAAUACAGUCAAUAUCUAUCUAUCUAUAUCAGUUCAUAUGUAAUACUGUGA